UUCCUUGGUGACAGUGUCACAUCGGUUCAUUUUUCGGCGGAUGGUCAGUGUUUGCUCGCAUCCACAAAAGAUGGCUUUGUUCGACUUAUUGAUAAAACAAAUGGGCAGCUACUUGCUGAUUACACGGGCCAUCUGAAUCGCGAGUUCCGAAUAGAUAGCUGUCUUCUUGCAACGGAUGCGCAUGUUGUGAGCGGUUCUGAGGAUGCACAUCUAUACAUAUGGAGCCUAAUUGAGGUAGUCUAUUUUGUAUUUCAGUACAUUUGCUUGUCGUCCACAUUUUCAUUUGGCACGCUUCCGUUUUCGCACUUUGCUGCCCGUGCAUUUGAUGCUGGGAUCCGAUUUGGCUCACUCUUCGAAAUUGUGGAUUCGUCGCUGCAUACUGACUUCAAAGAUCCGCUUAAUGCAUAG